AUGACUGAAGUACAGGCAGGGCAGAGCUGUGGCUUUGGUAGUAUGGUUGACGGACAGACAGGGCCCAGCUGUAGGUGUAGAUAUACAUCUGAAGGCCAGGAACAGAGUGAACCUAGCCCGUCUGAAGCAGGCAGCUCUGAGACAGGGACAGAGGCAGGGCCAGGUGCAGGGAUGGAGCUCCUAGCUGUGUUUAAUGGAGGACCAGAGACAGAGGACUCCUCCAUACUGCUGGUGGACAUCAGCCCUUGUAACACCUGGUAGGGACAGAAUAUACAGAGAAAGAAUGGUACACUCUAUUAUAUUGACCCCAAAUUUGUCUCACAGAUAGUAAGGUUUGAUUGAUUGGAUUGAUUGAUUGACUGACUGACUGCUUUCCCAGCCAAGGUGAUCUCACCUGUGUGUACCUGGAUAGCCCCUCCCCUUCCUCCCGGAGUAGGAGGAGCCUUGGUCCUGCAAAUGACUCCACCUCUCCAACAACCACCAAUGAACGAGGUGUUGUCAAUGGCAACCUGGGAGGCCUUUUUACAGCUUUAGAAGAUGUGAGUGAACCAUGUUACCUGACAGGAAAAAACUCCUGAUUUUCAUAAUAAAUUCCUACUGUGGAGAUAAAGAAAAGUAAUUGGCCAGGAUUCAGUCUUAAAGUUUAAACUUCUUUAUAUUUUGUCCAUUCCCCCAGGAGGACCAGCGUUCCUCAACCAAUCAUCUACAGAGGCUGCUAGCUGAGUCUCGUCAGAUGGUGGCUAGCCUGGAACGCACAACCCUACAACCGUUAUGCCCCUCCCACAGCCCGGCCUCUAACUGUGACGCUAUCAUCAGCCUCAGCAUCGGCCAAAACAGUGGCAACAGUAGCCAUGGAAACCACAGUCAUAGCUGUGACAGACGUAAUCACAGCGAUCCCGAUCAUCACCCCAACCAAAGCUCCACCCACACCACAAGACCCAGUCAAACAAGCCGGGUACGUGCUUUUUUGUGUUUUAUACUAUAGAUACAAUCAUUAUUCAGAACAAAAUACGAAAAUACCACAGAUAAUUUCAUAUUGUUGGGCCUAUGACCAUUAAGACAUCCCAUAAUACUAUGGAAGUGUGGGGUGAAACCUUGGAGUGUGGCGUAGUCAAGGGUGUGAACUGGUAGUGAUUUACAGUGCUCCUCCCAUCUCUCCUGUUUUCACCCAGCUGGAUGGUGAUACUCCACCCAGGAACACUCAGCCCUUCCAGAGGAACAAGGAACCAGGGGCGUCUACCUAA